CUUAAUUCAUGCACCUUCUGUGCGUUUCCUAAUUUCCUUUCCCAUAUAUAACCAAUUUAAAGCUGUUCAAAUUCAAACUCUUAAAACAAAAGCAGUGAAUUAAAAAAGCUUGACUUCUCGGAAAAAACAAAAAGCAAAAAUGAGUCAAGAACAAGAAAGAAGACCUGAUCAGACUGCAGGUAUAGAAUCUAUCAAAUAUGGGGACGUAUUUGAAGUCUCAGAAAAAAUUGCGUCAAAACCCAUAGCGCCUAAAGAUGCAGCUUCGAUGCAAUCAGCUGAGAACAAGGAACUUGGUCACAUUCCAAAAGGUGGUCCUGCUUCAAUUAUGCAGUCAGCUGCCGUUUUGAAUCAGCGAUUUGGUGGCGUUGGCCGUGAUGACAUGACAGAUAUAGCCAGAGAUAAGGGUGUCACCGUUUCUCAAACGGAGAUUGAGGGGACUCCAGUUGUUACAGAGGCCGUUGGUGGAGAGGUUCUCGCACAAUAUACUCAUCCAUCAACAGGGGGAGGGGGAGGGGGAGAGGGAGGGGGUGGGGGGAGUACAGUGGAAGCUACACUAUCACUUGAUGCUGAUGUCGUGACCAUAGGCGAGGCGUUGGAGUUGGCGGCUCUUUCUGCAGGGGACAAACCAGUGGACGAGAGCGACGCGGCAGCGAUACAGGCAGCGGAAGUGAGAGCCACGGGACUAGGCCAUGUGGUGCCAGGAGGCGUAGGAGCAGAAGCUCAACGUGCAGCCGCUGUCAAUAUCCGAACCACGCGAGACGAGCAGAAGACCAAGCUCAGUGAUGUUCUUACAGAUGCAACAAGCAAACUUGUGGACGACAAGCCAGUGACGAAGGAAGACGCGUUAGGCGUGGUGGGAGCUGAGAUAAGGAAUAAGCCUGAUUUGGCUACACACCCUGGAGGCGUAGCUGCAUCCAUGGCCGCAGCUGCCAAUCUGAACAAACCCUGAAAUGUGUCCUAAGGUCUUUAAUUUAGUCUGGGUCUUUGUAUAAAACAAUGUGUUUUCCCAGAUCGAAUUCUCUUCCUUUCCUGUCGUACAGGUUUAAUUUACCGUAAGUUUUGAGCUUUUGUGCAUGUCAGUUUAUACUUUAUAUACACGUUAAGUGAAUGAAUAUCACUAAAUCAGGUUAAGCUUGAUUAA